UCAGGAACUGCCCUCUCAACGCGUUCCCAGGGCAAUCCUCGGUCGCCUUCAGGCCCGAGUGCGCUGAUUAGGUGGUCCUUCAACAGUGUAAAAACUGAACUACAAUACCCACAGGCCACCUAGCCCCGAUUUUGUUUCUAUUCUAUUUCCCAGAGUGCUCAGCGGAACCUCUAAGGCCAAGAAGCGGGGGAAGACUAGGGAAGGAGCUCGCACAGUGUUCUGGGAAACGGAGUCUUUGAGCCGGUGCGGAGUCUCCUCGGUGGAGUAGUUUGAGGAAAUUCACGCGGCGGCGGAAGUGGUUAUGAGACGCGAGUGAGAGGAGUUGGGUCGGCGUUUCCCUCCAGGCGGGAGUCGCAUCUGUUAAUCCGGCGGAGCAGUCUUUUAGACUUUGUCCCAGUUCCCUUAUCCCCCCUGCAGCUCUGCCAGUGGGGAACGUGGAGGAAAAGGAGAGGGAGCUUGAACGAGACCUCCAGCUGCUGGGCCCUAGUUGGCUGUGACUGUGGAAUUUGCACCUCUUGGGGAUGCAGCCAUGGACUUCACCUUGGACUGGGAGCACCUAGGGCUGGACCAGGGGGACCUGUUCUGGGACACAGCGCUGGACAACUACCAGAACAUUUUCCUUCUAAACCCCUCCAAACCCAAACUGACCUCCCAGCAAGAUGGCGCCGAAGAGCAGAAGGUGCUGGAGAGAGAAAGUGCAGAAUCAGCGGGCCCCAACCCGGCUGAGGUCAAGAACUGUCUUCUGAGCCAAGACUUCUUGGAAGAAGGACUCUCCCAGGAGAUCGUGGAGACGUUUUCCAAGGAUGGCCUCUGGAACUCCAUUUGUGGGAAAGCCUGUGUAGGCGAGAGUUGGUUAGAUAGUUUCCUAGGAGAUCCAGAAAGUUUUCUGAGGUCUGACUUUGUUACCAACAAGGAAAGUCCCAUAGAAGGCAGGAGUCAUGAUCUCAAGGGAGACCUCGGUCCUGAGUCCCUCCUUUCCACAGGAGAGGAUUCUGUGAUACACAAUCUUCCUGAAAAGAGCCCGGCACCAGCUACAUCUCUGGAACAUGGGAAUGACUUUGGCUGUGACUUAGACCAGAGCCGACAGGAGACUGUCCAGGAAGAGGAGAAACUGUAUAAAUGUAGUGAAUGUGGGAAGAGCUUUGGCCAGAGUUACCACCUUAUCCAGCACUGGAUUAUUCAUACUAGAGAGAAACCCACUGUGCAUCAAGAGUAUGAGGAAGGUUUCAGCCAGAGUUCUUGCCUCUUUGUGCCUCUGAUGACUCAUACAGGCUACAAAUCCCACAUGUCUACCAAGUACGGGAAGACUUCCAGUCAGAAUAUACACCACCUGUGGCAUCAGAAAAAUCACACUGGAGAAAAACCACCUAAGAAUGAAGAUGGUGACCAGCCGUUGGAUCUCAGCUUACAGCCUGCUGAGCAUCAGAAAACCCACACAGGGAGUCAGUCCUACAGAUGCAGUGAGUGUGGCAAGAGUUUCAGCCGAACCUUUCACCUUACGCAGCAUCAGAAGAUCCACACCCGGAAACGCUAUGAAUGUGCCAAAUGCAAGGCAACCUUCAACUUCUGUAAAUAUCUCCUCCGACACCAGAAAAUCCAUACUGCAAACACUCCCUCUGAGUGUCAGGAGUGUGGGAAGGUCUUUAGGCGGAGCUUGCUGCUCGCCAAACACCAGUCUGUUCACACUGGAGAAAAGCCUUACAAGUGUGAUCAGUGUGGGAAACCCUUCAGGAAUAUCUCAACCCUAAAGAUCCACCAGAGGGUUCACAGUGGAGAGAAGCCUUACAAAUGCAAUGAGUGUGGGAAAGCCUUCUACCGGAACACUCACCUUAAUGAACAUCAGAGGAUUCACACUGGUUACCGGCCUUACAAAUGUCACAAAUGCAUCAAGAGUUUCAGCCGGCCCUCCCACCUGAUUCGACAUCAGUCCAUCCAUGCCACAGAAAAGCCCUACAGCUGUGCUAAAUGCAAGGAAACUUUCAGCCACAAUGAACACCUUGUCCAACAUCAGAAAAUGCACAGUGUGGAGACCCCUUAUGAAUGUCAGGAGUGUGGUGAGCACUUCAUCUGCAGCUCCACCCUAAAUUGCCACCAGACUGUUCACACCAGAGAAAAACAAGAACUUGGGGAGAGCGGGAGGAUCUUGAAUCAGGACUCAGAGCAGAGGGAGCAAACAAGGAUAGGCGAGAAGCACUUUAAAUGUAACAAAUGUGAGAAAACCUUUAGCCGCAGCAAAUACCUGACUCAACACAAGAGGGUUCACACCAGGGUGAAGCCCUUUGAGUGUAACCAGUGUGGAAAAGCCUUUGGCCAAAGUACACAGCUCAUUCGCCACCAGAGCAUCCACUCUGGGGCAAGGCAGUAUGAAUGUGGGAACUGUGGGAAGGCCUUCAUCCACAGCACUUCCCUCACCAAACAUCAGUCUGUCCAUAAGAGUGAGCACCCCUUUAAAUGUAAUGAAUGUGGAAAGACCUUCAGUGAGAGCGCACAUCUUUCAGAACAUUGGUUAAUCCACACUACAGAGAAACUCUUCCAGUUUAACAAGUGCGACAAAGCCUUUGCCCACAGUAACUACCUUACUGAGGAUCAGAGAGGUCAUGCUAGAAAGAAGUCCUUUGAGUGUAACAAAUGUGGAAAAUCAAUCCAUCAGAGCUCAUGCCUUUCUAAGCAUCAGAGAGAUCACACAGGUGAGAAACCCCAUAAAUGCCCAGACUGUGGGAAAACCUUCAGCCUGGGUGCUCAACUCACUCAACAUCAGAGAGUUCACACCGGAGAAAAGCCUUAUGUUUGUCAGGAAUGCGGGAAAGCCUUUAGCCAGAGCUCAUGCCUUUCUGUUCACCAGCGAGUUCACACCGGAGAAAAGCCUUAUGUUUGUCAGGAAUGCGGGAAAGCCUUCAGGCAGCGCUCGUGCCUUUCUGUUCACCAGAGAAUUCACACUGGAGAAAAGCCUUAUGUUUGUCAGGAAUGUGGGAAAGCCUUCAGCCAGAGCUCAUGCCUUUCUGUUCACCAGAGAAUUCACACUGGGGAGAAGCCUUAUGUGUGUGCUGAAUGUGGGAAAGCCUUUGCUCAGAAAGCAAAUCUGAUGCAGCAUGAGAGAAUUCACACUGGGGAGAAGCCUUAUGCCUGUAGGAUAUGUGGGAAAGCCUUUGGCCUCAGUGCCCAUCUCAGUCAGCACCAGAGGGUUCACACCCAAGAGAAACUAGCAGUGUCAACCUUGUCAGCCCUUUGCUGCAGGUCUCAGCAGACAUUAGCAAGUUCACACUUACAGGUAACAAGGAGUUUAGAAAGUAACAAGUAGCAAUACUUCCUACUACUGGGUGGCAGCAAAGCCCCAGACAUCUGAACACAGUUCACCUGAGUCCUAAAGUUGAAAUCACAUUGUAAGCUCCCUGCCCCCAAAUAAAUACAUCUCUUUACCUUUAAA